AUGGCCGACACCGCACAGCCAAAUGCGCAGGCCCAAAGUGGCAGUUGGUCUGCCUUCCUGAAGUCCAUCGCCUCCUUCAAUGGCGACCUGUCCAGCCUCACCGCGCCGCCCUUCAUCCUCUCCGGGACCAGCUUGACCGAGUUCAGCUCCUACUGGUGCGAGCACCCAUCAAUAUUCAUCGCCCCCGCCAAGGAGGCAGACCCGGAGAAAAGGGCCCUGCUGGUGCUGAAGUGGUUCUUGACCACUUUGAAGCAGCAGUACGCCAGCAGAAGCGAGCAAUAUGGCAACGAGAAGAAGCCGCUGAACCCCUUCCUCGGGGAGCUAUUCCUGGGGAAGUGGGAGGACGAGGCUGGCACUACAGAGCUCAUAAGUGAGCAAGUCAGCCACCACCCUCCCGCCACGGCCUACAGCAUCACCAACACUCCCACAGGGGUCCACCUCGAGGGCUUCAAUGCGCAAAAGGCAAGCUUCAGCAAGACCAUCAACAUCAAGCAGAUCGGCCAUGCCAUCCUCACGGUCCCCGUCCCCGACAAGGCGGGCGAGAAGGAGACGUUCCUCAUCUCGCUCCCGAGCCUGCACGUGGAGGGCCUGAUCUUCGGGUCGCCCUUCAUCGAGCUCGACGGCGCGUCCUACAUCACGUCGUCGUCGGGCUACACGGCCAAGAUCGACUACAGCGGCAAGGGAUGGCUCUCGGGCAAGAAGAACAGCUUCACGGCGGCGCUGUACCCGACGGGCAAGGAGAAGGACGUGCUGUACAGCGUGACGGGCCAGUGGACCAAGGCCUUCGAGAUCCACUCGGGCGCCGCCAAGCACGCGUCGUCGUCCAACCUGGUCGACAGCUACGACGCCGUGGCAGCCAAGACUACGCCGCUGGCCGUCGCGCCCGUAGAGGCGCAGCACCCGCUCGAGUCGCGCCGCGCCUGGCAGAAGGUCGCCGCCGGCAUCCUCAAGGGCGACAUGGACGCCGUCGGCCGGGAGAAGACCAAGAUCGAGACGGCCCAGCGCGAGCUGCGCGCCAAGGAGAAGGCCGAGGGCCGCAUGUGGCAGCGCCGCUACUUCAGCGUGCGCACCGACCCGGACCCGGUCCUCGCCGAGCUGGCCAAGUACGUCGGCGUGCCUGAGCACGGCGACGGCGACAAGACCGGCGGUGUGUGGCGCUUCGACAACGCCAAGGCUGAGAAGGUCCGGAACGAGCCCCCGCUGGACGAUGAGGCCAGUGCCGCCUUUGCGCAGGUGCACCUGGGCCAGUGA